CGGCUCAGUGGGUGGUUAUCAAUGUGGCUUUCCGGCGGUAUAUGCGGAGAAGUUGAGAUGACCCCAUUUGCUGCUGUUUUGGUUUUUUGUUGUUGUUGUUGUAGUAUUGAAGGAGCAACGCCGCACGGACAGGGAUCCAGGGGUGCAGGUGUGAAGCUGAGGGGGGGCUGCCUCGUAAAGGUCUUUGAGGCGGUGGUGUUGGUUGUCACGGUGAUGCAUGUACCUGAGGGUGUUGUAAUGUUAAUAUUAUUAGAGUGGAUGGAUAGGAAACACCCCCGAAAUUUGACAUCAGCAUGUAUCAUCACGGAUUGGUUGUGAAAAUGCAGCGAGGAGGUGACGAAGACUGAUCCCGAUGUACUGUUGAGAUCGAGCAUUGGGCCGGUUCAACCUUAUGUACGUGAACUGCAAACACUGGGAUGAUGGUUCAGGCUGUUAGGCGAGUGUGAAUCGUCAGGUGGACUGGCCCUUGUAGCCCGGAUUCCCCCUGGGAGAAGAGGACAUCUAUACAUAACUAUAGCAUUGUUUAACUGUGGUCCUUCCAAGUCAUCAGGGCCCCGGGAGGUAGCUUGUGUGGAUCACGCCCACACCCAUGCACUGUUGAUGCAACUGGGCUGAAGAGAACUCCAUUUGGGGAGUAGAGGCAAUGUGGCUAUUGGAUCGAUGGCUGGUCAAUGUGAUAUAUGAUCAUAAGAUUUUCCAUGCGCAGAAGGUCCACGAAUGCUAGGUUCGGAU